AUCCCUAUCGCCUCACGCUUCCUCUGCCUCGCCACCGCCCAGUCGCCCACCAGUCACCAGAUCGACGUCCAGCGAUCCUGCGGGAGUGCCGGUCCAGACACCAGUCGGCUCUAUCGCGUUUCAAGCUUCCUCGCCGGCAGCCGGCAACGUCUAACCGUCUUCACCCUCAGGCCUCAGGAGUUGCAGCGCUAUACCGGUCUGCGAAAUAUGGGGGCGCUGGUUGAAGAAGAUGGAUUGAAGAAACUAGAGUAUCUCUCACUUGUUUCGAAGGUGUGCUCGGAGCUGGAGACGCAUAUAGGCGUCGGGGACAAGGUUCUGGCGGAGUUCAUCACGGAAAUGGGCCGGAAAUGCGAGACCGUGGAGGAGUUUGAUGAAAAACUGAAGGAGAGCGGUGCUGAGAUGCCGGAUUACUUUGUUCGGACGCUGCUCACAAUAAUCCACGCAAUUCUUCCUCCGAAGCCCAAGUCUGAGUCCGAGAAGGAUUCGAAGAGGACGGGUGAAAAAUUUUCUGCUUUGAAAAUCAAGGAUGAUAAGGAAAGGAUUAAGGAGUUGGAGAGGGAGAUUGAGGUCGAAGCGAAGAAGAACCGGGGAAAAGAUGAGGAAGAAGAUAGGCGGGACAGAGAUGAUAGACGAGAUAGGAGAAGAGAGAGGGAUAGAGAUGAUAGAAGAGAUAGGGGUAGAGACAGUAGAAGAGAUAGGGAUAGAGAUGAUAGACGAGAAAGGGAUAGGGGUGAUAGAAGAGAAAGGGGCAAUGAUGCUGAAUAUCGAAGUCAGGACAGGGACAGGGAUAAUAGAUAUGAUAGGAGGAAAAGAAGAGAUUAUGAUGAAGAUAGGGAUGAUGAUAGAAAGAAUGGGAUGCAUAGAUCGGAGGAACCUGAAUUGUAUAGUGUGUAUAAGGGGAGAGUCUCCCGGGUAAUGGACACAGGUUGUUUUGUUCAGCUGGAUGAGUGCAGAGGGAAGGAAGGAUUAGUUCAUGUUUCACAGAUGGCAACUCGGAAGGUUGCAAAUGCAAAAGAUUUGGUGAAGAGGGAUCAGGAGGUAUACGUGAAGGUAAUUUCAGUGAGUGGGCAGAAAUUGAGUUUGUCCAUGAGGGAUGUUGAUCAGAAUACUGGAAAGGAUUUGCUACCACUGAAGAAGAGCUUAGAUGAUGAUGGUUUGAGGGAAAAUCCAUAUAGGGGAAAUAUGGAGGGGACUGGGACGAGAAUUGGGCUUUCAGGGAUUCGGAUCACAGAGGAUGAUGUUGUUAUCCCAUCAAGAAGACCAUUGAAGAGAAUGAGUUCACCUGAGAGGUGGGAAGCAAAACAACUCAGGGCUUCAGGUGUCUUAAGUGUCAAGGAGUGUCCUAUGUUUGAUGAAGAAGGGGAUGGAAUGAUGUAUCAGGAAGAAGGUGCUGAACAGGAGCUUGAGAUUGAGUUGAAUGAAGAUGAACCACCUUUCUUGCAAGGCCAGAGUCGGUACUCAGUUGAUAUGUCACCUGUGAAGAUUUUUAAAAAUCCUGAGGGUUCCUUGAGUCGAGCAGCUGCACUCCAAUCUGCUUUGAUAAAGGAGAGGAGAGAAGUAAGGGAGCAGCAACAAAGAACAAUGCUUGAUUCCAUCCCUAAAGAUCUAAAUAGACCAUGGGAGGAUCCAAUGCCUGAGACAGGUGAGAGGCAUCUGGCCCAAGAGCUGAGGGGUGUUGGUUUGUCAGCCUAUGAUUUGCCAGAGUGGAAGAAAGAUGCUUAUGGUAAAGCACUUACUUUUGGACAGNCAACACAGGUGACACAGUAUCUAGCUGAGGCAGGAUAUACUACAAGAGGUAAAAUUGGAUGUACUCAACCACGUAGAGUGGCUGCAAUGUCAGUGGCAAAGAGGGUUUCCGAGGAGUUUGGUUGCCGGUUAGGGGAAGAAGUUGGUUACGCCAUUCGUUUCGAGGAUUGUACUGGGCCAGAGACUGUGAUAAAGUAUAUGACAGAUGGUAUGCUGUUGAGGGAGAUACUGGUGGACGAGAGUUUGUCUCAGUAUUCUGUUAUAAUGCUUGAUGAAGCUCAUGAGAGAACCAUUUAUACUGAUGUUCUCUUUGGUCUCUUGAAGCAAUUAGUUAAGAGAAGACCAGACCUUCGCUUGAUCGUCACAUCUGCAACUUUAGAUGCAGAGAAGUUUUCUGGAUACUUUUUCAACUGUAACAUCUUUACUAUCCCAGGGAGAACCUUUCCCGUGGAGAUACUUUACACGAAGCAGCCAGAGAGCGACUAUCUUGAUGCAGCUUUGAUAACAGUCUUACAGAUUCACUUAACAGAACCUGAAGGUGAUAUCCUUCUUUUCUUGACUGGUCAGGAAGAGAUUGAUUGUGCUUGCCAGUCUCUUUAUGAGAGGAUGAAAGGUCUGGGUAAGAAUGUUCCUGAAUUGAUAAUCUUACCUGUUUAUAGUGCCCUGCCUAGUGAAAUGCAGUCUAGAAUCUUUGAGCCUGCCCCUCCAGGGAAGAGAAAAGUAGUUGUUGCCACAAAUAUUGCCGAAGCUUCUUUAACAAUAGAUGGCAUUUUUUAUGUUAUAGAUCCAGGUUUUGCUAAGCAAAAUGUAUAUAAUCCAAAACAGGGGCUUGAUUCAUUGGUCAUAACGCCUAUAUCACAAGCCUCAGCGAAGCAAAGAGCUGGACGUGCUGGACGAACGGGACCAGGAAAGUGUUAUCGUCUUUAUACAGAGAGUGCAUUUCACAAUGAAAUGUCUCCUACAUCCAUCCCUGAAAUUCAGCGUAUUAACCUUGGGAUGACAGUGCUUAACAUGAAAGCUAUGGGUAUUAAUGAUCUUUUGUCCUUUGAUUUCAUGGAUCCUCCCUCUCCUCAAGCACUAAUAUCCGCCAUGGAGCAGCUGUUCACUCUAGGAGCUCUUGACGAAGAGGGGCUGUUGACAAAGUUGGGUAGGAAAAUGGCUGAAUUUCCUAUGGAACCUCCACUGUCCAAAAUGCUCCUCGCCAGUGUAGACCUUGGAUGCAGUGAUGAGAUUUUGACCAUCAUUGCAAUGAUUCAGACGGGCAAUAUUUUUUACCGACCUCGGGAGAAACAAGCACAAGCUGAUCAGAAAAGGGCAAAGUUCUUUCAGCCAGAGGGUGAUCAUCUCACCCUUCUCGCGGUUUAUGAAGCAUGGAAAGCCAAAAAUUUCUCUGGACCCUGGUGCUUCGAAAACUUUGUACAAUCACGGUCUUUAAGGCGUGCUCAGGAUGUCAGAAAACAGCUCCUUUCCAUCAUGGACAAGUACAAACUGGAUGUUGUGAGUGCUGGGAAAAAUUUUACAAAGAUAAGGAAGGCCAUAAGUGCAGGUUUCUUUUUCCAUGGUGCUAGGAAGGAUCCACAAGAAGGGUAUAGAACCCUGGUUGAGAACCAGGCAGUAUAUAUACAUCCUAGUAGUGCUGUAUUCCAAAGGCAGCCAGAUUGGGUUAUUUAUCAUGAGCUUGUGAUGACAACAAAGGAAUAUAUGCGCGAGGUCACGGUGAUUGAUCCCAAGUGGCUUGUAGAGCUAGCACCGCGGUUUUUCAAAGUGGCUGACCCGACUAAAUUAAGCAAACGCAAGAGACAGGAGCGCAUUGAACCUCUUUACGACAGAUAUCACGAGCCUAAUUCUUGGCGGUUGAGUAAAAGGCGCGCUUGAUAUGUACAUACUUCAACAAUGCACUUACUAUUUUCCAGGAUUUGUUCAUAAUAUCAUAUGUUCACACUUUGCUCAAUGUAUAGGGGCUCCUGCAUGGGAACAAUUCAAAAGGAUGUAUUAUUCCUAUAUGCAAAUGAGAGCCAUUAAUGUUAUUGAAAUAUUUCACAUGAUGCAGUCGUUUUAGUGUAA